AUGGGACGGACGCCCAAGAUCUAUCCGCAACGACUGCAAGAAACGAAAAUGUUCAGGAUGGAGAUAUUCCGCACAUUUCCAAGCAACUAUGUGGAAGCUCAGAAACAUGGAAAUGAGAGAAGGAUCACAAUAGGAGAUUUUAAUUCUCAAGCACGACGGGGACGAAACCCUCCAGACAGGGAAACGUACGAAACCCUCUGGACGAGGAAACCUGCUAAAGAGGAGAGAGGCGUGGAUAAGCUCCAAGAAGAUCUAAUGCUAUCAGGGAGAGACACCCAGCUGCUCAUGAGAGACAAGAAUCGUCCUAACCAAUCAGACGAAGACAUUGAGUGUAGGUCGCCACCAAGCAAAGCUAUGCUAGGCCUAGGUCUCCAUGUGUCUGCGCAUGACUGGAGACGUCCCAAGAAGCCAGGCAGCCUCCUGAACUCCUAUAAAUACGCUCCUCCAGCCCCAAGUCCAAACCAUUCCAUUCCCAAAGCUAGAGAGCACCUGAAAAGUGAUUAG